CAUAAACAGUCCGAGUGAAUUCCUCUCUACAACCAUGCGUCUUGUGAAGAACAAGAUCGAGCAUGAUGGCUCCGGCACUGUCACAUUAUUCCCGGAAGAGCCCGAAGAUAUGUGGCACGCAUACAACCUCAUUCGACCCGGAGACCUUCUACGCGCAAGUGCUAUCCGCCGAGUCACUACCACCCAAGAUACCGGAUCAACCUCAUCCGCACGAGUACAUCUAAACCUUGAGAUCCGCGUGAAGAACCUUGAUUUCGAUCCUCAGAGCUCGCAGCUUCAUGUUUCGGGACAAAUUGUUAAUGAGACGGCGCAUACCAAGAUCGGACAAUUCCACACCCUUGAUCUGGAGUUGAAUCGCAAUUUCACAUUAGAAAAAGAUGUCGGCUCAGAUGGUGAGGGUGUUGGGUGGGACAGCAUUGCGGUGGAGAUGCUCAAGGAUGCUGUCGAUGAGGGCGGGAAACGUCGGGCAGAGGCCAUCGCCGUUGUAAUGCAAGAAGGACUGGCACAUAUCUGCUUCAUUGGCCAAUUCCAAACAAUAUUGAAGCAGAAAAUAGAGAUGUCUGUGCCGAGGAAACGACAGGGUGGAGGAGAUCAUGACAAAGGCAUGGGAAAAUUCUUCAAAGUCACACUCGAAACACUCCUCCGCCAAAUGGAAUUUAAUACCAGCAUUACUUCCGGCUCAAACAACGAGACCGUGAGACCUAUUCUACUAGCUUCACCCGGGUUUGUUGCCACGGGAUUCCACAAAUACAUUCAGGCAGAAGCAUCUACAACACCCGCCCUUAGAAGACUACUCUCCAGCGUCGUGGUUGUGCAUUCUGCAUCAGGGUACACAAACUCUCUAUCGGAGGUCCUCCAAUCUCCCGCCGUGAAGACACUUUUGGCCGAUACAAAGUACGCGCGUGAGACCAAGUUAAUGGACGAUUUCAUGGAUCAAUUACGCAAGGAGACGAACAAAGCUACAUACGGUCCACGCGAGGUCGAGUCAGCGGUGGACCAGGGCGCCGUCGGCCGUGGUGGUGGUGUGUUGAUCGUGUCCAACCGCUUAUUCAGAUCGCAAAAUAUUGCGGAACGGAAACGAUGGGUUGGACUCGUUGAUCGGGUCCGGGAUGUGGAAGGUGGUGAGGUCCGGAUUCUCAGCUCCGAUCACGAAAGUGGAAAGCGUCUGGAGGGACUUGGAGGUAUCGCGGCGCUUUUAACAUUCCCUGUCGGCGAUGAUGAUUUCUAUUCCGACGAGGAGGCCUAA